GUUCUAACUUCUAAUUUCUAACCAAAGAAUAUUUUUACUCUAACAAGAACAACAAUAAUUAUACAUAAAUAUAUUUAGUAAACACUACAGUCUACUCUACCUAUUGAAUAUUUUAACAUUUUACAAAUUUACAAGCAACUUCCAAGGCAGAACAUGAAGUUCUAAAUCAUUUAAAUUAGUAUUAGGACAAGGUUAGGCAAUAAUAAGUUUUAAAUAAAUACUUAAUUGCGAAUUGUUUUUUUCUAUAGACGAAAAACUUCAAAAUGCCUUUGCCACCAGCAAGUGGAACUGGAAUAUUUUAUGCGAGAGCAGCUAAAUCGAUUCGGUUGAUACCGCAAGGAUGUACUAAUAGGCCUUUCUAUCUUAUUUCAGUUACGCACCGCAAAAGGCUAAACAAUCAGGAAGUUAUUGAACAGCUAGGGUCUUAUGAUCCUUUGCCCAACAUGAACAAUGAGAAAAUGGUGGCAUUGAAUCUAGAACGAAUCAAACACUGGCUCGGCCAAGGUGCACAUGUGACUCCGCCAGUUGCUCACUUAUUAGGUUUAGCAGGUUUCUUCCCAAUCCAUCCGAGGUGCUAUAUAACUGCAUGGAGGAACAGGUUAGCUGAGAAGGAAAGGCUAGCUAAAGAAGCUGAGACAGUAGCCCAAAGUACCUCUUAAUAUCAUAUAUAUAUCAUAAGUAAUAGUAACUAGUGUAAAUAUAGUUUAACAAAACAA